AAAAGAAAGCUCACACAGUAUCCAUUUUUCUCUACCACAGAAGAACCUAGAACCACAGAGAGAGAGAGCUAAAGGGGUUUUAGUUCAGAACAAGAAAAGAGUAAAUAUGAAGGCAACAGAGACUUCGCAGCCGACGGUGCAAAGCCGACAGUUAGGAACUCAGCUGUCGGGAAGUAUGAGUUUCAGCAGCCAAAUGUCUAAAGAAGACGAAGAGAUGUCGAGGAAUGCUUUGUCGGCUUUCAGGGCGAAAGAAGAGGAGAUCGAGAAGAAGAAGAUGGAGAUUAAGGAAAGGGUUCAAGCUCAGCUUGGUCGCGUUGAAGAAGAGACUAAGCGUCUCGCUUUGAUCCGUGAGGAACUUGAAGGUUUAGCUGACCCAAUGAGGAAAGAAGUUGCUUUGGUUAGGAAGAAGGUUGACUCUGUCAACAAAGAAUUAAAGCCAUUGGGUCUUACUGUUCAGAAAAAGGAACGAGAGUACAAAGAAGCUCUUGAAGCAUUCAACGAAAAAAAUAGAGAGAAGGUGCAGCUAAUCACCAAGCUAAUGGAGUUGGUGGGAGAAAGCGAAAAGAUGAGGAUGAAGAAGCUGGAAGAGCUAAGCAAGAGCAUAGAUUCUGUACACUGACUUUGAGCCCAAGACUGAACAAAGAAACUUCUUAGGCGUCAUAGAUCAUUUCUCUUAUGUGUUUUAACUCCACGUUAGGUUUUGUGAUGGUGAAUGUAAUUUAUACUUCAUAAUCGUCGUGUGUUAUAUUACUUACUAUUGUUAUUGUCAUUUGUUAGAGUUCCUGGAGAAUUUAUUAUGUUUUUUAGGAAGUAAUUUCAAAAACAUGCUCAUCGAGACAGACAUGUAACCAAACACUACAGUCUCUUUUCUGUUAAUCCUUUUUCUAUUGAGCCUUUCUAGUUGAUUUACACUUUUAUCUGACACAAAUAUAGUCUUGCAGCAUAAUGUACUAGUUAAAAAUGUAAG